AUGUUAUCUUUAUUAAGAAGUCGUCGUGUGCCAUUAUAUUAUUAUGUUUUAAGUGAAUUAAUUGAAAAUAUUGACAAUGAAGUCAGGGAUACAAGGGAAAUUACUAGAAAAACUUUAAACAGAAGAAGAUUUAAUCUUCUAAAUCUCAGUGACAUAGAGUUUAAGAAUAGGUUUCGUCUGAGUAAAUCAGCUUCUAAGUUUUUGUGUGCUGAACUCCGCCAGAAAACAAGUAUAAAAUCUACCAAAAGAAUCAGCUUAGAAGAAAAGGUUUUAUGUGCAUUGUCUUUUUAUGCCACUGGAUCAUACCAACGACUGGUUGGAGAGGGGAAAUAUUUAGGGCAAACAACUGUCAGUAAAUAUGUAAGGGAAGUAACAGAUGCCCUGACAACUCCUGAAUUAAUUAAUUAUUUUAUAAAAUUCCCAAUAACAAGGUCACAGAGGGACUUGAUAAAAAAGAAAUUUUACACCAAAUUUGGCAUACCAGGAACAAUUGGAUGUGUUGAUGGAUCCCACUUUCAUAUAUUUUCUCCAAGCAGUGAAAUUGAACAUCAUUUUUACUGUAGAAAACACUUUUACUCUUUAAAUGUACAAAUGAUUUGUGAUAGCGACUGUCGUAUCCUUAAUGUGAAUGCUAAGUAUGGUGGAGCUACACAUGAUGCAUUUAUUUGGGAAAAUAGUGAUGCAAAUAAAUUCAUGCAAGAGCUAUAUAGAAACAAUGAACAAGUGUGGUUAUUAGGUGAUUCUGGAUAUCCCCAAAGGCCUCGGUUGAUGUUACCACCUGUUACCGAUGCUGUUGAAGGGAGUCCUGAAGCAGUUUACACAACUGUUCAUGGAAAAGCACGGGUGGUCAUUGAAAAUACAUUUGGGCGACUUAAGAAUAGGUGGCGUUGCCUAAGUAAGGAUCGCACCCUCCAUUACAAUCCUGAGAGGUGUGCUGCUAUAAUCAUGGCAUGUUGUGUUUUACACAACCUAGCAAUUGACUUUUCGGUGCCAGAUACAGAAGUUGAAGUUGUUGAGCAAAGUACAAAUACAUCUGAGGUAGCUCUACAAGAAUGUGAUGGAGAUGAUUUACUUCGGGGUAGAACUUUUAGAAAUAUUCUUAUAGAUAAAAUUAGUAGACUCCAUAAUGUUUAA